UCGAUGUCCGCUACUUACCCGUCUUGGAUACCCUAGUUUUCGCUGUUGUGAAACAUCAACAUAGUAACCCGGGAAAGCCAACCUCAAAGGCGGCUAGCGACAUUUAUUUCCAGGAAUCUCACAGCUGACCUAGAUAUUUGGUGGCCCUGGCGAACACUGAGAAAACAACAAUGGGUGCAUGUCGCUAGGAAAAGUUGCUAGCUUAGUCGGCACAACUAACGUUACUAGCUAACAUUGGUUUGCUAACGUUAGCUGGCUAACGCUAACGUUAGCAAACAGACAGCUGGGCGAAACUGAGGAAGAAGUCCGGAGAAGUAAGGAUUUCUUCAUUAUUGAGAUGUCAGGAUGACUUUGGACAUCUAAACACGUUGGAUUGUUUCCCUAAAGGUUGAAUGAGAGAGAUGAGGAGCAGCAGGAGGCCUGAAGUGUCGCUGAAGAAAUCUGCUCAGCAUCUUACGGAUCACAAUAUUGGCACAGAGCUGACAAAUGCAUGGAAAGGAUUGUCCCAGUCCAAAGCUGCUUUGCGGCAUAUAGAAAACCGUCUAGAGGCAGCCCCAGGCACAGGGGUGGUCAUGGACUCUGUCAUGGACCCCCCAAAGAAAAAAUCCUCCAGGACGGUUCGCUGCAAGGACGGCCAACAAGCGGAUGACCCUGGGGGGUCUUCAAAGCGCAGGGGACGAUGUCAACAGAGUCCAGAAAAGAGCAGCUCACGCAGCCCACUGAGAAACGCCACCCAGGACAGCAAUGUCCGCAGGAACAACAGCGUGGAGUUCAGGGAACCGUUGGCCUCCUACAGGGAGGUCACCCCUCCACCACAUCCCUCCUCUCCGCUGGAGGCCUACAGCCUGCAGUCAGUGCCAGGGCCUUCGCACCCAUCAUCUCCGCCCCCCUCCGAUCCUCUGCUCAGCCAGCUGGUCUACCAAAGAGACACCAGGGAUAAGCAGACGGACGGGGACCUUGACAGCACACGCUCCUCGGCUCUGGAGAGCACAGAGGUUCGCUACCUCAAUGACCAGCCAGCCCUGGACACCUUGAGGACUAUUGGAAAGCAGGCACAUCUCACGGCUGUAAGAGUCUCUGCAUGGGAGGCACAACCUGGUAUGGAUAGCCAAGAGUCGAGCCCGUGUCUAGCCGCGGCCCGAGGCUCCACGCACCGAACGGAGAGCACUCCCUCCACCAGCCCCGGCUCAGCUUCCCAGCUGGAGAACCUGAGGCGACAUCAACCUGACGAUAAGCUGGAGAAGCUCAAAGAGCGUAUUCGAAGGCAGAGGCAACAUCUGGAAGAGUCUGCAGAGAGAGAAAAGCUGCUGGGCUAUCUGGAACAGCCAGUUACAGCAGCUGUGGGGAGUAACAAUGCCGGUACCAGCAACAUGCCCACGGCCCUUAUACGGAAAGUAGCGGCUGCACCUCCUGCACCUAUAUACAAAGGUUUCAACACAACUGAGACAAAGAUCCGGACUGCCGAUGGGAGAGUUUGGAAGGAGGAGGAUUUCCAUAACCUCAGCAGCGAAAUAUACAGAGACCUGUCACGACAGUUUGCUGAGAGCACCAUAUCCAGACAGCAGCAGCAGCAGAGGGAACAAAGCGCAGAUGGAUCCAAAGAAAGGAGGCCUACCAAACCAGUCAGGAAGGUCCACAGAGCUGCCCCUUCCUCUGGCGUUAGUACAAAACCAGCCAUUAGCCCUGCAUCAUGGCGGGAAGGCCAAAAGCUGGUGAAGAUGGUACUGGGUCCAGUUCCCAGGCUGCCCAGGGAGGAGGAGAGGUCGCAGCCAGCCGACAGACCGAGCAGAACAGCUUCCCGUCACGCCUCCAGUUCAGCCCCGCGUGCGGAAUCAAACCCGCGGCUUUGUCCUAACAGCACAGAAAGGCCUCAACGUGGAUUUCAAUCCAAAAGCCACUCCACAAACGCAUCUACACCCUCUUCUGCAGAUCAGGGGAAGGCUCCAGGGGGUGCAGUUACGGACCUGUUGUCAGCGGACAUCCAGGGGAUACUUGAUGACCUUCAGCUGGAGUGUAGAGCAGCUGAACGGGAAGAGCGGUCCCGGCAAAGGUCCCGGGGAGGGAGCGGCGGUACGAGAGGGAGAGGGGGUUCAGGGUCACGAACAAGGGCUCCGGUCUCUGCUUGGGGAUCUACGGCGACCACGGGUAGCUACUCAAGAGGCUGCCGCAGCGCCAGCCCCGCCGCGCGCCGAUCAGAGGCCGCGGACGCCGGGCAGAAGAAACGACACUACGAUGCGGACACAGUUCGCCAGUACAUUUCCAGACAACAAGAGCAGAGGAAGAGGCGACGUGCUGAGGAGAAGAGGCAGCAGAGAGAGGAGGCGGAGAGUAGAAACCAGAGGCUGCAAGACCUCUACAGGAAGCAAAAAGAAGCGGCUAAAACGGCGGCCCUUCCUGGCGGGGCGCCUGUGGCCCCGGUCCAGAAGCGACUCCAGGAGACUUACACCAAACUGCUUCUGGAGGAGGCCCAGCUGGACAGGGAGGCCACAGGGAGACAACUCGCUGCUCCUUUCAGUCCCAUGAGGCCGAUGUACCAGCCCUCCGGAGAGUCGGACAAAGAGAACAAAAGACUGGAGGCCCCGCAGAGUCCCUCGAGCAGCGAUAGGUCUUUGAAUGAGCAGCCACCACCUCCAUUAUCCAGGAAUGACCUGGAGAUUGGUGUUGCCUCUCUGCUUCAGCCUGACCGUCUGAGCCCGGCUGGUCAUCCUACGACUGGUCCCGGCAGCAGUGGGAUGGCGCCUUUCGGGGAUCCUCUCCUCUCACAGCUUCUCCGGCUGGAGACUGCGCUGGCAGCUAGUGACCUAAAGCACACCAAGCGGCCGGCCACGGCACCUGCCAACAGGUCCACCCGCAUUGAGGCGCUCAAGGCCACAGCCGCGUCCCUCUCCAACCGAAUAGAGAGCGAGGCCCGCAAGCUCGCUGGGGAGGGGAUCAACUACGGCAUUGAAACAUCAAUAGACGGGGAUGCUAUUAGACCCUUUCAAGGUAAUAUUGCUGAUGGUUGCUGGGCAGAAACGGCCGCUCCAGAGAACGAUGGCGUCGCCUUGAGGAUCCAGAGGAUUUUGACUAGUACAGGUCAUAGUUCGUACAAUGGCACAGCUCUUCCAGGAACAGGCGAUCUGCACGCCGCCAGGAGAGAGAGAGAAGAGAAAGGCACACACACCGUUUUGACUAAUCCACAAACAACUGCUGGUCUAACGCCAAUUCUCAACAGUUACGCUCAUUUAAAGGGGAGGCUGGUCAACGGCCUGGACACGGUGGAGAGAGUGGAACAAAGGGCGGGGUGUGGACUGAACGACGGGAAGGAAAGGAGUCAGACAGACCUCCACAACUCAAGUGCUGGUUCCAUCAGCGAGGGUCCUCUUCUGAGUGAAGGGAGUUUUUCUGAGGAUGAUCCGAGCCCCCCUCAGCCCUCCCACAAUCGCGUACCUAGAUCGGCAGAUCGCCUGAUGACAGUGGACCGCUGCACGGAUCAAAGAAGGGAUUACCAGCGGCUGUCAGAGUUCCAGAGAGAGGCAGCAAAGUGCUCGGCCCUCAGCUCACCCGGUGCACAGCAUGACGGUGGUAAAGCAGCCUGGGAGGAGCUGAACAAGGGAAGCCCUCUAAGUGUAAUCAACAUUUUCACUAAGAAUCUUCAUGGCCAUGUCGCAGUGAGUGAGAGGAACUCUCCUUCAGCCCGUUCUUUAAACUCUGCAAAUGGUCUCGUGGACGCAGCUGUCUAUGAAGAUGAUUUUGUGUCAUCACACAGCAGCGGAGCCAGUGGCCGGUUAAAGAGAGGCUCCCAUUCUCGCAGUGUGAACAGCCAUUUUGAGGAGCUGAUGAGAAGGUCUCCUUAUGAAAAAAGUAUAGGAGGCAUCAAUUCCUACCAUUCAUCCUUUCACUCGUCUAUUCACUCGCCGCAUCUUUCCUCUGGUUCAACAUCUGGCUCUUCACCCUUCUCCAAGCACUCUGCCAGAAAAAGAGGCACAGCAUCAGACCAGAGUGAUGGCACCCUGGUAGGAGAGCAGAGGAGUCCCUGCUCACCGCCUUCAGAGGAGUUUUCUUCUGACUCCAGGAAGAGGGGCUCAGACAAAAGCUCAACCCACAGCCAGACCAAGAGUGCCGCCUCUAAUGACACCACAGGGGAACAUUCAGGGCUUUCUCAACAAAGUUUGGGUCUUGACAGUCGGAACUCUCCAGCCGCCAGGCCUAAACAAGCUUCUCCGUCUGGCUCUCCAUACUCUGGUUCUCCCCCAGAGGCAGGCUCCCCCAGUGAACCUGGGUGGCGAAGUGCAAAUUAUCCAAACACAGGCCCCACAGCUCGCAAUGGCAGAGCCGAGCCCAAGACCACAGGUGAACUACAGUAUUCACCUGCCGUCUUGCAGCAGCGCAUGGCGGCAGAGCUAGAGUACCUGGAGUCCUACGAGGAGUCGGUCCGACAUCUGGGAGACGUGGAGAGGGUGAUGGGCGUGUCCAUGGCUCAGCAGGAGAGCAUCUCCCUGGCCCAGAUGCUCAAGGCCAGGCAAGAGUCCCAUGCGCGUGACCUCUAUGAGCUAAAGAUCAAGGCGGAAAGGGAAGCCCUGGAGACACAGUUACAGUUAGAGGAAAACCGGCAGAGAGUGGCCCGGGCUCAUAUAGAACUGCAGGACAACUUGGCAACAAAUCAAAAGGAGACCUUGAAAGGCCUCCAGGAGGCAACUACCAAGUUGAUGACUCAGCAGGCUGAGACAGCACGAUACACAGCUGACACGGCCCGACACAUCAAAGAGAUGACAGAACUGGCACAGUCGCAGAUAACGAGAGCUCUGGUUGUCCCCCCUGAUGUUUCGGAUUCCUCCGUGGAACAGGAGCAACAACACAGCUCCUACUCAAAGCAGCGAAAUUACAAAAAUGACUCUGACAGCUUCCCUAGCGAUGUGUCGAGCAGAAACACUAUGCCAGAAGAACCGUUGUCUUCACGGAACAGCCCCAGUAUCUGUGAUUCUCUUUCCUUCAGAAGACCGGACCUCAGUGGCGCAGACUCUAGCAGUCAUCACAGCCCGUCGCACGCCUCGCCAGAGCAGAGGGAACGGGCGAAAAAAGAGGCGGUAGAAGCGCAAUGGAGGAAAGGAGGCGCUGAAGAGAAGGUGGGGAGGGAAGCAGGCAGCAGCUCCAUAGAGGAGGAAGUUCUAACGGCAGCCAAUGACUCCGUCUGCAGUGACAGCAUCCCCUCUGUAGUGGAUGAGAAAGCAGACAGUACGUCAGUGGCGACGGAGUACUCCCUCAAAUUCGAUGAGUCCAUGACAGAGGAUGAGAUCGAAGAACGUUCCUUCCGCUCUCUGCUGCCGUCUGAGGCGCACCGCCGCGGAACUAUGGAGAAGAAGACCCACCACCAUGAGGAAUCGGAGGACGAUGGAGCCCAUCACAACACAACAUUGGUUCCAGGGGCACACAAUAUCUUAAAGUCCCACGAUGCAAACAUGGCAUUUUCUGGCGGACAGGACAGCUUUUCGCAGUUCACGAUGGACAUGGUGCGUCAGUACAUGAAGGACGAGGAGGUAAGACUGCAGCACCAGAGCUCCCUGCUGCAUCUCCGCCAGAAAGCUGUCAAAGAGAAGACAAGAACUGAGCUGGCCUGGCUAGAGCACCAGAAAAAGAGGCUGAGGGACAAGGGCGAGGACGACAAGAUGCCACCCAUCAGGAAGAAGCAGAGGGGCCUUCUGAUGAAACUACAGCAGGAACAGGCUGAGAUUAGGCGGCUUCAGGAGGCCAACAAAGCCGCCAGGAAGGAAAGGCAGCUUCUGCUGAAGCAGCAGGAGGAGAUUGAGCGGAUGAGAAACUCGACACUCCGACUGAAGGAACGUCUCAAAUAUGCUGGGGAUGAAGCGCUGUCUGAGACUCCUGUUUCAGAAACCCCCGUGUUCGAGGCAGCCCCCCCCAAUACGAGACCUCCGGAUAAUAUCCGCUGCCCCUCGCCCUCACAAUCCAUCUCUGGAAGUGAGACCAGCAGCAUCAUGCAGAGGCUCAAGAAGAUGCGCUCUCAAAUGGAUGAGAAACACUGUUCUCCUGUCCACUACUUCCUCUCUGUGUUCACGGCCCACCAGUGGGCCUCCCUCAGUGUCUGUCUUCCCAACCUCCAUCCUAAAUUCCAGCUUUUUAUCUACAACCAGUUGGUCAGGUUCCUGACUAAGCGGGAGCAGCAGCUGAUGCAGAGGCGUCACCAUGCUGAGGAGCUGCUGCAGUGGAAACAGCGUCUGGACCGGGAGGAGGCAGAGGUUCGUAGGAUGGAAAAGGAGGCCCUGGCCGUAUGGGACGGGCAAACCGCUCGGGACGCGGCAGAGAGCCAGGAAAAAGAGGUGUCCGACAUUAGCCCAAGCUCCAGUCGCCAUCGCAGCCCAGAGCGCAGAGCUGACAGCGACAAAGAGUUAGUGAGUGAGGCCGACUGUUCCACGGCGACACCUGGGUCCAGUAUACACACCGAGGGACUCGCGUCCCGGCAACCAGGAAGCCCGUCUUCAGGUCAACCUGAUUCCAUCAUCGAAACGCCUUUGGCCUCUGUGAGGAGCAGCCACGCAAAUUACACCCCGGACUUCACCUCGGCUUCCCGGUCACCUAGCAGACAAUCUCCACUCAAAGGCAGCCACAGCCCUGCUGCCUCUCCUUCUGAUUGCAGCAGCAGAACCAAGAUGCAGCUUCACCCCUCGCCCCGGACCGCCAACCAGGCUCAGCCAAGUGAAUCCCUCAUGCCGAUGCAGGCUGAACCCAUUUCAGACCAGAGUGACAUAGAGAGCCGUAUCAAGGCCCUGAAGGGAGAACUCCGAAAACGAAAGUUUAUGGCCUACCAGCUAAAGAAAGAGCAGAAGAAGAGGAACAAAGAGCGCCUGAAGGCCAAGGAGGCCAGCCUACUGAAGCAGCUGGAGAGCUAUAACACCUUCAUUGAGAAAACUAAGGCAGAACUGAACAAAGAGCCAGACUCAACCCCUGACACGAGGUCCCAGGUUGAAGAUUCCACCUCAAAAGAAGAGCAGACCGGCAUUAAACCACCUGCUCAUAGGUCUGAAGCUGGCCAAUUACCUCAAAGGACGCAAAGUGCUUCAUUGGAUCAGAAUGCCCUAUCUCACCUUGAUCACAGUGGUUCCACCUCAGUGCCUGAAGAAAUGUCUGAUGAAGAACCGCCGACAGUCACUCCGACUCCAGUGUAUGGCAGCCCAGAGUGUCCGCCCUCAAGAACCAGGAGCCCCCUGUCCACGGAGGAACGUUUAAGGACUUCCUCUGAGGAAGGCCAGGCACAGAUGAUUGUCUCUGGGGCAGAGAUCGUUGUGUCCCAUCGAAGAGCCGACAUGCAGGAUGAGCCGGAGGUGGAAGUAAGCUCCCAUUUGGAGGAUCGACAACAUUCUGAACAUCUCCUCAAACUGGAAAAGGAAGACCGACUCAACUCCGGAGAGAAAAUGUCUGCAUCUAAACAUCUUUCCUCUCACACGAGUGAAGGUCAACAUUCUCCAUCCGUUAGCAUAGAACGUGAUAGAAUAAGGACAAGGGAAACAUCGAAAGCUGAAGAAGCUGUAAAAUCGAAUAUUCUCUCCAACGAGUCACAUUCUGCCUCGUCCAGCGACCGUUCCGGCUCCCCCAACUCUGUUGGCUUCCCUUCAAAGAAAGAGGCAACCAUGAAGGAUGUUGAGGACUCUCCUCCUGUUGUAGAUGGCUAUCAUGAUGACUUUGAGUCUUCAUUGGAUUCUUCGCCCAGGCAGGUGCGUCAGGGUUCAGGGCCUCCCUCUCAAAUCUCAGUCGGCCCUACAGAGAUCAAGAGCUCCAGAGACAACGUCCCUGGCCGAGACGCACCUUAUGACAGCCACGAUGAGGAGGUAGAGGAGGAACUAGCUGAAGAGCUGAGUCCCCGUUCAUGCACUGGUGGAGCCAGUCCCCAAUCUGCGAGACUGCUGGAUCUUCGUAACCACACCGAAGACUCAAAACAUGACGACAAGGAUAUCGUUAAUUCCACCCGCUCACCACCCAUUUUGCCCGUUGGAGAUGAAAUGCCGAGUUUCAGCAUCGCAGAUCGAGUUCUCGUUGGCGGUGUUCAGCCGGGCACCUUGAGAUUCAAAGGUCCAACCAGAUUCGCCAACGGCUUCUGGGCCGGCGUGGAGUUGGAUAAGUCUGAGGGGAGCAACAACGGCACGUACGACGGGGUGGUGUACUUCGAAUGCGAUGAGAGCCACGGUAUCUUUGCUCCCCCGGACAAGAUAACACACCUGCCGGACAAGUUUGAGAUCUACACGGACACCACGGAGGAUGAGGACUCGUUUUUUGAUGGUCUGUCGGAUAAAGGCGGAGAUGAACGCCUAACAGAUGAGCGUCAGUCUCCGAAAGAAGGAAGUCUGGAUGGUGAAAAUGAGCAAACUUACAAGAAGGUCUCUGGGUUUGGCGAUAAAAAGAUAACUGAUGAGUCUGUUCACAAGACCGGAUCCCACCUCAAUUCCAGCCAUUACAAAGAAGCCAAGACUCCCGUCUCUAAUGGCAACGCGAAGGACAUAAUGUUGGAUUUUGAAGAAGCACCGACCAGUCUCCUCAUCUCUGAUAUCGACGAGAUCGACCUUGGGGGGCCGAGUCGGACGGGCGACACUCCCCGCGUUCAGAGGGAAGAAGUAGACUCAAAACACCAAUUUGUUUCUGCCGAUCUUUCUGCAGACAUCAGGCAUGUUGAGAGAGAUCCAACGGACAGAAACUUACUGGAAACAUUUACUGACAAGUUCCUCAACAACUGUGUGAAAGACACUUUGGCGCAGUUUGCUGAAAUUAAAAAGGCCAAAGAGCAAAAGAUAGAAGCUGCCAACCAAAUGAAUGGAGACCUUUUUGGUGAACAUGUUGAAGAAGAAGAAUGGUUCACUUCAGUGCAACAAAAAGAUGGUCUUCCCUUCUUCAUACAUGCAGAAAAAGAAGAGCUUUCGUCUCCAGAGCUGUGUAACCGACCUGAGAGUCCAGUGUUGGGGGCCAGUGGUCAGGAGGAGCUCGCCAAGCGACUAGCAGAGCUGGAACUGAGCCGCGAGCUGCUCGAUGAGCUGGGUGACGAGCAGGACUGGUUUGACGAGGACUUUGGCCUCAGCUCUCGUAGAGAGCAGCAGCGACUCAAGCAGAUGGAGGAAGAGGAGGAAGAGAGGCUGGGGAGGUGUGACCCGUCAGUCGUAGCGGCCCUGGGGGGGCUGGUCUCCUCAUCCGGCGGGGAACAGCAGGCUAAGACUCCACCUAGACCCGAGCUCCCUCUGCCCCUGCCCCCUAAGCUACCUGAGCAGCCCGCCAUGGUCGUGCCCCACUCCGCCUCAGAGGUGGAGAAGAUGGUCCAUGCCGCCACUCAGGAGAUCUGGGAGAGCUGCGGCCUGGGGAGGGAGGGAGCGCAGACCCUGUCCCAGCUGCCGAGUCCCAAACCCUCACCAGGGUAUCUGGGUAAAGACGCCAGCGGCGAGGACCCGAAGUCCCUCUGCGUCCGCAGCUACAGAAAGGUGAACAGGAGACUUGCUAGAAACGUCCAAACAUUCAAAUGCCACUCACCCGAUGACAUGGUGAAUUACAUUGUGUCACAGGAAUUCAUCUCAGCAGAGGUACUGAAGAUGUAUGGUCUGACCAAAGAUCACAGCCAGAAGACCGACUGGCAGAAGAUGCUCAAAUUUGGCAAAAAGACACGAGACAGAGUUGAUCAUAUUCUGGUUCAGGAACUCCAUGAGGAGGAAGCUCAGUGGGUCAACUAUGACGAGGACGAGCUGUUUGUCAAGAUGCAGCUGGCGGACAGCAUCUUUGACGCUUUGCUGAAGGACACCGCUAACGUGCUGACGCUGAUCUACGACAAGAGGGCCAAGAGGGAAAACGGGCCCGUCUUGACGGCCUUCCGGUUCCGAUUCUAAACUACACCCCCCUCCCCUCCUCCUCGACGAACUCCAGCCAACCUCCCGCCGCUCGGUCUUCCACCAGCUGAUGUGUCAGCAGCAAACCUCAGAUGCCUUCAGUCCCGGCGUUACCUCUCGGCUGAACCACGCUCACUUCUUCCUGUGAUGUUCAUUUGCGGAAUUCGGCUCCGGCUCCCUGCACCUCUCGAGCAGUCCAGCCUUCUCAAACCUUAACACCACCCGAUCUCAUUCCUCACCUCCUGGGGUGGUUCUUUUGUCAACACCGGGAGGAGAAUGAGACGAUUCUUCGAUGGAAUGGACUUCGAUAGUUUGUUCGCACUUAAAAUCCAUUAAUGCUGCUAAAAUUGAUUGUUCCAUUUUUUUUUAAUCCACCUAGAACACAAGGAGGUUGUCAUAUUUUGUAUUGAAUCCUAAAGUAAAUAUAUGUAUGGAUUUAAAAAUUGUAAUAGAGUAGCAGAUAAAGACUAUACAGUGUAGUCCAGUGACAGUAACACAUUAUCGUGUUGGCUUUGUAAUCCAGUUCAUUUAAAUUUAACAAUGGUUAUGAAGUUAAACUUAAUUAUAGGGUUUUUACUUAAUUAUUUACCUGCAGACAUUGCAGCCAUUCACCUUUUGCUUGUCUGGUCUUAAGGGGCGACUGACUCAGACCCUCUAAAUCUAUAUAGUUUAAAAACUGAGAUUUAAAACACUUUAACUUCCUAAUCAUUGUUUAAUUUUGGACAGAGGUAGAAAAAUAGAAAUGGUCACAGAUCAAAUAUUGUUGGACUGCGCUGUAGUGGAGUGUCGAUGAGAUCAGUUAUUGUAUGAAACAUUUUGCCUCUUUAAAUAUAUUAUUUAUCGUGAGAAAACGUUUGAUUAGCAGAGUAAGGAACAUUUUGAACUGUAAAUGAUCUUGUCAACAUAUAGAAAACAGAUUUUAACAUUUUACUGAAAUUGUAAAAAGCACAAAAAGAAAAAGAAAUGUGAACGUGGACACAGCAAUAUAUUAUCGAAGAGGUUUAAAGAGUGCUAUUGAUGUUUUUGGUGAAAACUGUUUAAAUAGUUGAAACAUUGAAGUGUUGAUUCGUUGAAAGUAUUCUGUAUGACUUUUAUUGUGGCCACAGCUGUCCAGUUGUCCCCCUUUUGUGGGACACAUACCCCCUGUACUUAUGUCAACGCUUGGAAAGUCUCGUACAACCAGCAAGAAAACGCUUCUCCGGUGA